AUGACAAAUAAAAAAACAAUUCAAUACGAUGCUCUAAGUGUUGCUAAAUAUUUGCUUUCAUUAGACCCCAAUAGGGAAUAUUUUGGCAAUAAAAAAAUGCCUAACCGCUCCAUUAUUAAGGGUAAUUUUCGGUUAAAUCAAAUGCUUUACUUGCUCCAAAUAUUUUAUCACCUGAAACAAAAAAAAACACUGUUUAGCGAUAAUUUAUAUGCUUGGGAAAAUGGAGUGAUAGUUUAUAAAUUAUAUCUGCAAAAAAAUGGUCAAGACACAAAUGCUAUUGCCAAGGAGGACCAAAAAACCAUUGCCACCUGCUUUCGUUAUCUCAAAGAUAUUCCUGAUCGAGUUUUACAAGAACCUUUUUUAGUUUAUGGGACAGAGGAUGGAGAUUAUAUCUUUCUGAAAAUUUCUAGCCGUCCCAAAGAAUAUUUAGAGCAGUUUGAAUUUUCUCCUGAUAACAAACCUAGUAGUCUUUAUAAAGACAAAAAUUUUGUUGAAACUAAUAUUUUGAUUUAUAUUGAGCAGGACUUAUUUCCUGAUCUACUUAACAAGACCACUCGACUAGUUGAGCAAGGUCAAUUAAUUCUGCCCGAAGCUUUUCAGGAGAUAAAGAAAAAAGUUAAAGAAUGUUUUCGCGACAAUAAGUUUCGGGGUAAUCGCUAUCAAGUGCGAGUGAAAUAG